CGAGAGAAUUUAUUUAAAAUUAUCACUAUAGUAAGCGAAGUUUACUAAUGUGUUUAUAUCAGUGAUUACUUGCAAUGUCGAUGACGUAAGCUUACUGGAAACUGGAAAAUAAUGUGGUUUGAUGAUAAGAAUGUAAGCACAUUGAUAAGUAACAUCGAACAUGCAUGACGAAUUCUAACUAAACCUCAACUAGCUACUACGAAUUACCUAUGACAUAUGCGACUAACCAACUCGAUACAUGAGCGACAGUGCGCUUCAAACAUAAACAAAAAGCGUAAACAUUAACUCAUAUGACUCACAAUGGCGAAGAAUUCAUUAUCAUAAUCAUAACUGCACGCAUACGUUAGUUGAGAACGGACACUGGCAGCUAAUUGUUGUCUAUUUGAACAUUUUAACGUGUUUAUCAGCUGUACAGAUACUUUUAUUAUUAUUUUUCAAUAUACGCGGUCAAUCGAGGCUGUUUUAUUGAGUGAACGCGAGUGACACAAUCCACGGCUGCUCUGUGAACGUACACAUUAUUACGCGUAUUUUCCUCAACGACGGAACAAAGAAAUCAUAUUAGCGAAUAAAAUUCAUCACACCAUUAAUCGGGCCACCUGCCUGUUGAUCCCGACACGUGUUGUGAACUGUGCAUGUGAAAACGGGAAGAUGUUCGGAGCGCGCGUGUAAAAUAUCGAAUGCAAAAAUGAUUAAAAGGAACGGCGAUAAUGUAUUUGCGAUCGCGUCGAGCAACAAUCACAGCCAGUGUCAGAGCGGGAGCGGCCGCAGCGGGUUUGCCGUGUCGCCGUGUGCCGGGCCCGGGGCGACGAGGAUCCCGCGCGCGACACCCGCGCCUCUUGCCGCCAGGAUGACGCCGCCCGACGCGCAGCCCCACACCAAGGAGACCAGCAUCGCGCUUUCUACUUACGUCGAGAAGUGGAAGAACCGAUACGAGGAGGCCGAGAGGAAGCACAAAACGUACCUCCUCAAGUCAGAAAAAGCUAAACGCGAGCACGAUGAGCUGCAACGGCGGUACAACAUCCUACUGGAGGAGCGGCGGCACGUGGAGGCCGAGCUGGCGGAGCGCGAGCGGGAGCUGGCCAAGCUGCGGACGGUAUCCGAGAAGCUGUUCCAGGAAUACCAGCAGCUCAAGCAUCAGCAGGAGAUCGACGCCGGAGUCAUGCAGAAGGUUAUGCAGCAGGCUGGAGAGUGGUACAAACAGAACAAACAGUUGAAGAGACGGAGCGCUGCGCUGAUACACGCCCUGCCCACACAGGUCGACAUUGACCUCACCGACACCACUGAUGCAGCGUCAGAUAGCAGUAACGAGGAGGUGGAGUUCCUAAAGCGCACGGUGUCUGAGCUAUCAGCGCAGGUGGGCGCGCUUCAGGCAGACCUCAGCGCCGCGCGUCUACACGAGUUUGAAGCGCACGAGCAUAACGUCGCCCUCGCACAGGAAUUGGAGACAGAGAAAGAGAAAUGCGUCGCACAAGAGAAGGAGUUGCAGGAGUUGCGCAGUCAGCUGGAGAGACACAACAGAGUCUCCAAGUUGUUGAUGGAAGAAGUCACCGCGUUGAAAGACAACGCCGACAAGGACAGACAGAUGGCAGAGACGUACAAGGUGGAGGCGCGCGACGCCAAGAAGCGUGUGAAGGUGUUGACGCACCAGAGCACGCUGCUGCUGGGCGAGCUGGAGAUGGACGAGCGGCUGGGCAGGCUGCUGGGGGAGGUGGACAGUCUGCGCGACGCGCUCGAGCACCAGGCCGCCAGGCACAGGGAACAGUUGGACGAACUACAGCUCAAAUUAGCUGAAAAACAUGAAGAAACAGAUAUUCUUUUAUGGGAGGAGAAGAUAAGACUCGCAGAAGAAGACGCACAGAAGGCUCUAGAACGAGCCGAGAGAGCGGAAAAGAAGUUGGCUGAAAUUGAGAAAAAACAACCGCCGAAGAAAUCAGCUCUGAUGUCUAGAAUAAGUUACUUCGAAAGCGGAGGAAAUGAGAAAGCGAAGAUUGAGAAAGUUGAAGUAAAAGAAGAAAUAAAAGAGAUAAAGGAAGAAGAGAAAGAAGUCAUUGAAACGCCACAACCUCCAGAGAGCGCAAGCCCUACGGAAGUUCCCCCCACAGAGGUUGUAGUCCCUCCCCCGCCCCCACCCUGUCCCACCCCGGCCUUCCUCCCCGCAGAGCAGUGCGAGGACAUGGCAACAUUGCUCAGCUCUAAACAGGGGACUUUAAAGAAGACCAAGCAAAAUGGAGGAGGUGCAAUCGACGCUAUAGUAGACCAGAUCAAAUGCGGCAAGUUCCAGCUCAAGUCAACAGACCAGAACUUCUUGGAGAAGAAACCUAAGGAUGACCAGCCCGAGGCGGUGAAGGAAAUGCUCGCUAUACUGGGAACAUUGCGCAAACGUAGGGGAGGAAAUAGACCUAAUUUUGUUGGUAACGAACAGGAAUCAUGAAAAAAUAAUUAAAUCGAUGAAUAAUGUUGAUUUAAAGAUAUUUGGCACACUUCUGGCAUACAUCUAUGUUUAAACGUCGUAUAGUUUAUUUCAAACAUCGCAAAUUUAAAGUGUACAAUGUUCUAUAUGUGAAUGGUGUAUUUCGCUAGUGGAAACGAACUGUUAGGGUACAGUUUGCAAAGACUUAUUCGCUUAUGACAGAAAAUUUUGUAGAAAAUAUCACUGUUUUUGAUUUAAUUUGAUAUUUAUAGUAAUUUUGUUACCAUGGAAAUGUAAGGUUAUGGAUUUCCACUGGGGAAUGUUUCCCCUUGAGACGGAUUAUGUACGUGUUUUGUUAGUGGAAAUGCACUUUAAACAUGUAAUUAAUGUAAUCGCCUGCAAUAUUUCGUCCAAUUAGACAUUAUACAUAAAUCUAAUAGCUAAUUGAUAAUAAACGAAUUAUUUUCUUUGAUUUUGUUUAAUAAAAACUUCAUGAAACACUGAACAUUUUUCUAUAUGCUAAGAAGACGAAAUAUAUUUAUA